UUCACAUUUUAAACUACUGUGAUUUUUCACAUUUAAAUUACUUAAAUAAAGUAACUUUUCAAUGAUGUUCUAAUUUUUUGAGAUGUACCGGUGCAUACACAAAUUCUUUUUAUGUCAAAUUUUCUAAUUGAUCGGAACAUCAAAUAAGCAAAACUUAAUUCUUUAGGAAAGUCGCAAAGUACCAAAAAUAAUCUUAAAAAUUGGGGAUUUAAAACCAAAAAAAUGCCUUUUAAACUUUUGAACAUUUGUUGGUGUCUUGCUAUAAGUCACUGUAAUCAGUGAGAAUGUAUGCUUUAACUGUUUUUUUCCCCUAUAAUAACCAUAUACAACCACUUCAGUUUCUAAAUCAUUCUCUGAUUUUGCUGCCAACAUUUCUCCCAAAUUCCAAACAAAAAUAUUGCCAUUUAGAGCAUUUAGAGUUCAGAAAUCAAUAUUUGGUUGAAUAACCCUGGUGGUUUUUAAUCACAGUUUUCAGGCAUCUUGGCAUCAUGUUCUCCUCCACCAGUCUUACACACUGCUUUUGGAUAACUUUAUGCUGCUUUACUCCUGGUGCAAAAAUUCAAGCAGUUCAGUUUGGUGGUUUGAUGGUUUGUGAUCAUCCAUCUUCCUCUUGAUUAUAUUCCAGAGGUUUUCAAUUUGGUAAAAUCAAGGAAAAACAUCAUUAUUUAGUGGUCUCUUAUUUUUUUCCAGAGCUGUUUUAACCUCUGGCAUUGGGUCAGAUCCUCCACCGGCUGGGUCUCAGAGCUGCGAGCCUCAUGUUGUUGUAGUUGCUGUUUUUCUUGGCGCCUGAUGUGGGGGAUAAAAGCCAGACUGGUAAAGGAGAGGAAGUGGAGGUGUGAACGCUGCUGCUCCUCCUCCUGAAGUCUGUCUCGGGGAGGUGGAGGGGUCAUUACUGACCCCCGCGUGGGUGAGGGGUGGGUGGGGGUGUGAUGGCUCGGGGUCAGUUAGGCGUAAUGAGCUGUAAUGUGUUUAUGAGUGGACAGGUGUCCCACUGCAGACACCAGUAGCAGUGCAGACACUCCACUUACAUUAGUGGUAAUGAGUGUGUUUAGCUGUGUGUUUAGAUCCGUGAACAAGAGCUGAGAGUGUUUACUGUGCUGCUCAACUGCAAACUCCAUCUUUCACACCUCUACAGAAACACAGCACUCCUAAAUAGCAGUUAAAUUAGUUUCAGUCUACUCUACAGUACAAACGUUUACAGUUCCACUCAUAUAAAACCAGUUAUUAAACAGAUAUCACAUGUUCUAAACUCUGAUUGGCUGGGUCAGUUGUAAAACACUUGAUAUGCACAAAUACAAUACUGUAUUUUUUAUUUUUAUUUCAGUAAAUAGUAAAUUAAAUAUUUUCAAACUAUGCAAGUUAAUACUGAAUAUAAUAUAUAAAUAUAAGAAUAUAAUAUUUGUUUGUGCAUUCCUUCUGUUUUUCUCAUUAUACUCUAUUAUCCUCCUUUCACCCGUUUCUCAGGUAGAUUUCAGAAUUCAGAAAUCAAUAUUUGGUGGAAUAACCCUGGUUGGUUUUUAAUCACAGUUUUUUUAUGCAUCUUGGCAUCAUGUUCUCCUCCACCAGUCUUACACACUGCUUUUGGAUAACUUUAUGCUGCUUUACUCCUGGGGCAACAAUUUAAGCAGUUCAGUUUGGUUUGAUGGCUUGUGAUCAUCCAUCUUCCUCUUGAUUAUAUUCCAGAGGUUUUAAAUUUGGUAAAAUCAAAGAAAAAACAUCAUUUUUAUAUGGUUUAAAUGUUUAGGUUUUCAUAUAUCUUUAAUUAUUUUAUGAUUAUUUUAAGUUUAUUAACAUAUUAAUAUGGAAACUGAAAGUACUGAAGGUUUUUUCCUCUCUCCUUGUUAAAUUAUGGAGAUGGUUAAGAUAUCUUUACUGUUAAAUAAUCAUAAAAUUUCAUUUCCUUUUAGAUGUAGAUCUAUUAAGGUAUUCCCACAGUUAUUUGAGUGAUCGUAGUUUUAUAUUAAAACAUUGUUCUGUACAAUGAGAAAAUGUGUAUUAAAGGCUACGGUCCUCUACGGAAAGACAACAACUCAAAGAACCAAUUUUUAUUUUUUAUGUAGUUCUAAUUUAUCCAAAUCAUAAUUUGUCCCCAAUUUUCUUGUUUUCACAAGUCCAUUUCAUAUGAACCCUUAGUAACCCUUAAUAAUGCCCCCAACACUACGAGGGUGAAGACCAGUACAUACCUCCUCCCAUACAUGUGAAGCCAACCAACCGCCUCUUUUAAAACUACUGCUGAUCAGUGAGUAGCUAGCAUGCUUGGAGGAAAGUGCCAGAUCCCCAGCUCUGAUACAUCAUCUAACAGAUGCCUGUGCUGAGCAACGUUACACUAGGAGUGAUAGCAUAAGAGAAUGCGCCAUCUACCCACCCAGAGAGAGCCUGGCUAGUUGUGCUCUCUCUCGGACUCUGGCUGCUGAUGGCGAAGCAGCAUGCAUGAUUAAGGACUUGAUUAAGGACUUAAACUUGUGAUCCUCAGAUCACAGUGACAGCACCAUAGUCUGCUGAACGACCAAUUGCUGAACCAAACUAUGUUAAAAACUGACCAAUUUAUGGGCGCCGAGUGGUCCAGUGGUUUAAAGUAGGUUCGAACCCCCACUCAUGCAGCUUUGCCAUCAAGCUACCGGCGCUCAGAGGGAGCACCAUUGGCCCUGCUCCCUCCGGGUGGGUAGAUGGAGCUCUCUCCCCACAUCACUUCUGAUGUCUGCAGCACAGGGCAUCUGUGAGCUGAUGUAUCAGAACCGCAGCAAUGCUGCAUCAGCAGCAGCUCGAAAAGAAGCGGUGGCUGACUUCACAUGUAUCGGAGGAAGCAUGUGCUAGUCUUUGCCCUCCUGGUGUGUUGGGGCAUUACUAGUGAUAGGGGGAGUCCUAAUGAGUUGUGUAAUUGGCCGUGUAAAUUGGGGAGAAAAUGGGAAAAAGGAGAAAUAAAAUUAUAAGAAAAAACUGACCAAUGACUGACUUUAUGAGUUUCUCACUAUAGUUCAAUCAUUUCAUUUCAUCAUUUUACUGAUUAAACAAACUGGCGUACUGAUGAAAUUAGUGUGAACUUUAUGGAGAAGUGAGGUCACAGGGUGACCGACACUCCUUUUAUGGACUGUCUCGCUCCUGAUCAGCAGUUUCUUCAUUGUGAAACUCCUGCAGGGUGGGAAGUGCUGCUGCUCUGCGGUCUCCGUUGUGAUAUGCAGUACUUUACCCGGGCACUGAGAAGUUAGGACCUUGUGGAAAUGUCAUGUACUGAUCGGCGUGUUUGGGUUGGGUUGGGUUUGUGGCCGAGGGGUCAAUCGUCUGGUGGAAAGCCAAUCGUCUGAGAACAGCUGAGAUAUGUUGGAAAUGUCAUGAGACGGUGUCCACACUUCAGUUUCACACUAAACCGGAGCCCCUUCGGUUUCCGUUUGCUGUUGUUGCACAAUAGAGAUAAGGGAAUGUUUGGAUUUGACUGAAUGCCAGUGUGAUUUUUUUUUUUGUAUUGUUUCCCAGACUUUCCCUCCAGUCAUAAGUAUAAGCUGUGUCAUACCUGACCACACACACACACACAUACACACACAAGUACAGUUCACAUGUCCCCUCACAUGCUCCAGUCAGAUCAAGGCCAUAAAAGAAGGCCAAGGGAGAUAAGACAAGACAGUAGUGAAGAUACUUCAGUCGGUCAUCCAGCGAGGCUCUGAGUCGCUUGAAGAAACAUCAUGGAUUGGAUGUUGGUGAUAGCGCUGAUCAUCCUGUUUCUAGAUCUCUUUAUCCCGUGUUCUCUUUAUCUGCUGAAAAACCCUCUGAUUCUCCACAAGAAGAAGAAAUUAGAUUUCUACAGCCGACACAUUUCCCACCGAGGAGGUGCCGGGGAGAAGAUUGAAAACACGAUGGAAGCUUUUACACACGCAGAGGAAGUAGGAACCCAGAUGCUGGAACUGGACUGUCAUUUAACUCAGGACGGAUAUGUGAUGGUGUCUCAUGACAAGAACCUUAAAAGACAGACUGGAUUAGACGUUGCUAUUUCCUCCCUAAAACGAAAGGACUUACCUCUCUAUAAGGAUCACCUUGAGGUCACAUUCAACGUGGGACACUACAGCACCGGAAAGGACAGGAAAAUGGCUCUGCUGGAGGAUGUCUUCAAGAAAUUUCCAAAAAUGCCCAUCAACAUCGAGGUCAAAGAGAACAAGGACGAGCUCAUAGAAAAGGUCGCCUCACUGGUGAAAAAGUAUAAACGAGAGAGCAUCACCGUCUGGGCCACAGACGACUCCGUCAUUAUGGCAAAGUGCAAGAAACAGUGCCCUUCCAUGCCCUACAGCUUCACUAUGGGACGAAUAUUCUUCCUCUUGGUGCUGUUCUAUACUGGUCUCCUGCCCUUCAUGCCUCUGGAAGAGAGUCUGCUACAGUUCUACCUGCCCAGUGUGAUCAACAGAAAAUACAUUCCAGAAGAAUCAAUUCUGAAGAAUCGAUUCGUCGUCUCUCUCAUAGAAAAGCUGACCAUGAGGAAGUCCCUGUUUGACCACUUGGUGAAGCGAGGGAUGCAGGUGCAGCUGUUUGUGUGUAACGAGGAGAGCGACAUGGAUGCUGCCUUUUCAGUCGGAGCUACAGGAGUGAUGUCAGACUACCCCGCCCUCCUCUCGGAAUACCUUAAAAACCACCCUCUCCCUCCCUCCACUAUGUAACACUUCUCUUCAUUCUGAAAAUCUGUGAUAUGUGAAGUGUGAUAAAGUGAUAGAAAUAUAAAAUAGUAUAUAAAGUAGCGAUAACGAAAAUAUAUAUAACGAUAUGAGAAAACACUGAAAAAAUAUAUAUAUAUUUUAAAAAUACACUACUGCAUCAAAAUGAAAAUUACAUUUCAUUAUUGCAUAUGAUAUAUGAUAUGGCAUAACCCUAACUGCGAUAUAAAAAAAUGCAAGGAUUUAAAUUAUACUUGACAAAUAUAAUCUGUCUCUAGUAAAUAUAUAAUGGGAAAUGAGAACAGUGGGACUUUUUCUUUUGCUAAAAACAGUAAAAAGUAGUAAGAGUAGUACCCUGAUGUGACAAUUAGGGGUGGGUGAUAUGGUAAGAUAUUUCAGGAUAUAAUAUCGUUCACCAUAUUCAAAAAUGUUGGCGAUAUUAUUGCGUACGAUACGAUAAAGCACUUCCCUACUAUAAAGCACUUAGUUUAAGAUAUUUAGGAGUGUGUUUACAUACAAAAGAUGAUUAUGGAUUAUAAAUCCAGAGUUUGUUAGCAACAUUAGCCUAGCAUCUCCUGUUGAUGAAAAAAAAAAAGAAAAAAAAAAAAGCUUACCUUAGAUAUCAAACACAUUCAUACAUCAUUUUUUUUUAAUUAAACUCUACCUAUAACAGACAGCUGGAAUUUUAAAGGACU